AUGGGAGUUUAUUCGGAGAGUUCAGCUGGAGAAGACCAAACACAAGAGAGUGUUAUACAACAUGCAAUCGAUAAUACAGUUAUUAAUAUUCUCAGCGUUGGCUUUAUUUUGCCGGCUGCAGUUUGUGAUUUUCAAAUGACAACUAUCGAUAAAGGACGAAUAGCGAUUGCUCAUGUGGUUGGAUCCUGCAUUGGUUCGAUUGUUUGGGGCUUUUUGGCAGAUUUAAAAGGUCGCAGAAUAGCAUUAAUGUUCGCAUUGUUUAUUCAAGGAAACGCGGAAUUAUUAAUUUCUCUAGUUUCCAAUUAUUAUGGAGUUGUUUUUUUCAAAUUUCUAAGCGGUUUUGCAGUAAUCGGAGAAAUGUCUAUUUUAUUUCCGUAUGUGGGCGAAUUUCAACCGUUGAAAUAUCAAAAGAGAAUUUUGUCAUUAUUGAGCUUUAUUAUGGUCACUGGAAUAAUUGCCGUGCCUCUUUUGGCCUGGGCUAUCAUUCCUCUUCAAUUUGUAUAUCAAAGUCAUUAUUUCUUCUUUCGAUCAUGGAAUCUAUUUCUCGUUGCCUGUGCAAUUCCAGCCGAAAUUCUUGGAAUUCGUCUCAUCUUCUGUGCUGAGACUCCAAAAUAUUUGUCAGAAUCCGGACAAACUGAAAAAUUAAUGAGAGUUUUAACUGAUAUGUACUGGGAAAAUGCUGGUGGAUCGGCCGAAGAAUAUAUUGUAAACUUGACAAAUAGUAAACAUCCGGGAAUAAGAGAAUUCAUCAAUGACGCUGCAAUAUUAAAUGAUUUCAAAAAUCAAGGAGAAGCUGCCUUUAAAGCUCCAUAUUUGAAGAGAUUAAUAAUUCUCUGCAUUUGUUUUUUCUGCAUUGCAUCUUCAUUUUAUACACUGCUUACUUGGUAUCCGGAGUUAUUUCAUAGAUUUUCAUCAUUUGAGGCUCAAUAUCCAAAUCAAACGGCGAGCGUUUGUUCAGUAUCGAGUAAAACUUCAACUAACCUUCUUUUGAAUAAUGCCUCUAUUUCUUCAAAUUGUCACCGAGAAAUUGACACUAGCGUUUAUAUGAACGCAUUGUUUCAAGGAAUCGCUUGUUUAGUACCAAAUUUUCUAGUUCUCGUUUUGGUUGACAAACUUGGAUUUAAAUUUCUUGCUGUGUCACUAACAGGAUUAAGUAUCCUAACAACAUUUGGUUUAUAUUUCGCAAAUUCCUAUCUACAAAAUGUGAUACUCUCUUGCAUUUAUCUGGCAGUUAUGUCAUCAGUUUCUGGUGUCAUGUAUUCUUUUCUUGUCCUACUCUUCCCCACAAAUAUCAGUGGCAGCUGGAUUAUUUAUAAUACUCAGGAAAUGAAAUUAAAUGAUCAACUUUUUGAUAAGUAA